AUGAGCUCCCCCAAAGCACAGCUAACUCAAAAGAUAAUAUCAGUGUUGAAAACUUUGCCCAAUGAAAGGUUGAAGCCCUAUGCCUCAUUCAAGGAAUCACAGCUAAAAAGAUUUGAAGAUCGAGAUGUGGUAUCGUCGAUUUCUGAACAAGAUUUGAAGUUACAGUUUAUAGCUUUAAAAGAGCUUGUCAAUGAUAAAUACAAGAACCAUUAUAAACUAGAUGAUAAACUAUUGAAGCCAAAGGGUAAUCCAGAGUACUAUAAUCGGUUGAUGAGUGAAAUUAAAGGAGAAAAGAGAGAAUCGUUGCUUACGGCUAUGAGAACUAUAGUAUUUGGGAAAUGA